AUGGCGCAGGAAACCAACGACUCAGUGGUGCAGGACACUACUGUUGCUCCUGUGACCAAUGGAAAUGUCGAUGACUUAGAAAUCGGCCACACUUUGACCAAGGUCCAGACGAUGAACGGAACUUCUGCAUGCGAAUGUACUAAGACCCCCGCUACAAACGGCGCUAUAACAAAGGGUACCACGACCAACGGAACAGAGACACACAGCAUGGACACAACACGGAAGAUGCACGAAGUCUCCGAUGCACAGCCCAAAAAGGAGUUUGCUGAGAAGAAAGAGACCAACGGAACCUUGACAAAUGGAGAGGAAACAUCAAAAGUGAAACCUGAAGACAAGACUGGAGACACGACUGAGACUAAGGAAAAGACGGACGAGGAGAAGAAGGAGGAGGAAGAAGAAGAAGAAAAGAAGUACGAGCCUCAUGGCUCGAUCUGUGACGUCCACAAACUUUACCAGACAAAGCCCGACGAGAGCGGUAACACAUCAUGGACCAAGGACUACCCAGAGAGCCUUGUAGCACCAGCCGAGGACGAGGAGUCUGCGCAAUAUGCCUUGAUUGUGCGAAAUGCCAAGUGCUACGAUGGGCGCAAGAGUCUCUCAAUUCACUCGGUCAUUGUUCAGAGCGAACCGCUGAAGAAGUUCCUUGGUAAAGUGCUGGAAGACUACCCCGGUGUCACCACCACGCUCGAGCGGCUCGAGUUCCAUAGCCCGUUUAAGCCCAUGGUUCACCGCUGGGAGCAGUUUAUCCAAUUUCGUGAAGAAGAGGAGGACCCCGCAACGAAGAAGCACGUGGAUCUCUUAUAUAAGGUCCUUGAAGAAGAACUUCGCGAUGUCAUUGCUCGCAAGAAGGACAUGAUUCGCAACGGCGUCAUCACUCACACUCUUAUCUGGACGAUUUUUGAGCCUGGCAAUGAGAUUAUCACCAUCUCCGGUGGUCGAACCCGCGCGUUCAAAUUCCAUGAUGAUGCCAUUGAUUGCCGUACAAAGGCGUGGAUCAUCACUGGCCAGUAUGUGGACUUCGACGGCGAGGAAUUUGGCUACAGGGAGGAAGACUUCAGGAUUUUCCCGUUUAUUGGCACUUCCCCUAUUACUUCGCUGGCGGUCUCUCCACUGAAAUACCAUGAUGAUAAAGAUUCCAUUCGUGAGUCUUUGAUCACACGGGGUAAGCUUUGGGAAUCGCACAAGGGUUACAAAUACAAGGCCUAUGAGGGUGUCGCGAAUGGUUUCUUCAACGACGAGAUCAUGAAAUAUCACGUCAACAGCCGUAUCAUCAUUGAUACUGAGGCCUUCAACGUCUUUCAUCCUACCGAGACUGUUCGUGUCUAUGGAGAAAGUGACUGCCCGCAAGAAUUGACCGAGACCGAGUGGGUUAUUGCGAGCCCUAUGGUGCACGGGUACUCAAUCAAGGAUAAGGAGUGGCUGCAGUUCUACCUGGACAACGCGAAAGAUAUCGAGUGGAAUACUCAGGCCUUCGACUCGUUGGUUCUUCCCAAGGGUCAGGAGGAUUUCAAGGAUCUCAUUCUGGCUUUUGCGAAGGCCCAGUCUAAGCAGCUGGAUAACUUCGACGACAUUGUCCAGGGCAAAGGACGAGGGAUCAUUAUGCAACUCAGUGGUCCUCCAGGUGUGGGUAAGACACUGACUGCUGAGAGUGUCGCCGAGGUGAUGCAGGUCCCUCUCUACGCUAUGAGCGCAGGUGACCUGGGAAUCAGCGCCGAAAAGGUGGAAAGAAGUCUCAAGGAUAUUCUGCGUAUGAUCCCUAAGUGGGGUGCUGUUCUACUGCUGGACGAAGCCGACGUAUUUAUGGAGGCACGGACUGCAACUGAUCUGAUGAGGAAUGAGCUUGUAUCCAUCUUUCUACGAAUGUUGGAGUACUAUGAGGGUAUCUUGUUCCUUACUACCAACCGAGCUGAAAACAUUGACCCGGCAUUCGAGUCUCGCAUUCACGUCGCGCUUGCCUACCAGGAUCUUGAUACGACUUCCCGACGCCUUAUCUGGGCUCAAUUCAUUGAGAGGACAGACAACACCGAGGAAUUCACGGGUGCACAACUCGACAAAUUGGCUCAAGUGGACUUGAACGGCCGGCAAAUUAAGAACAUGUUGAAGACGGCCGGCCUGCUUGCUUGGUCCCAGCAGUCCAAGCUUGGAUUUCAGCAUGUUCAAGUUGUGUUGAAUCUGCGGAAAAAUAAUUCCCACAAGCCCGCCUUCUAUAUUUAA